GAUACUUUCCGCAAGAUGGAGUUGCUCAAAGCUUCAUCCAGCCUGCUCUUCCAGGUGUGGAGAAUCCGCAGCUUCUCUAGGUUACCCAUUCAUCACCACCUUCACAGUAAACAAUGCCAUCUCACGGGGAGGCUGGAGGAGUGGGGAAGAGUGUCCCAGAAUCCCAGUGGGACAGGUGCAUGCCAAGGGACCAGCAUGUCCAGCGACCCUGAGAUGGAGAAAAGGGUCCCGCAGGCUGAGCCAGGGACCAGCACGCCCCGAGCCAGGCACAGAUCUGUUAUCGCUUCCCGGAGCGGCCGAGCCACGGCAGGAGCUGGGGCGCUGUCCCCGGAGGCUCCCGCUGCCCCGGGAGCUGCCCGCGGGAGGGAGCCUGGGAACGGACCGGUGCCGGAGAGACCCACAGGGGCAGGGGAGGCAAAAGGACCCCCAAGGGCACCUCAGCACCCCCACCCCCUGCAGGAGCCGGAGGCAAUCGCCCUUAGGGGACCCUUUGCAGCUCCCCGGAUUCUGAAACCGUGUCUCACCGACGGGGCGGGACCCGGCUCCAGGGCGAGGGGCUUUGGCAGAGCGGCUGCUGGGGGGCUUCACCCUCGGGCACUGGGUCAGAGCCGCGGGUGGGCGGUGACGGCCGGGACCCCCCACCGCCGCUCCGGUGGGCUUCAGGCCGGGAAGGAGGGAGCGGACGGGCCGAGUCGGGAGCUCUGGAAGGGCGGUGAUUUGGGGACGGGGACCGGGGGCGGCCAGAGGGGAGGGGAGCUCAGGGGGAACCGUGGAGGCUUGGCCGGCGCCGGGCAGAGCGGAGCAUCCCCGGGCCCUUUCCCCCCCCCGUCCCAGAGACCCACCCCCGGCGGCGUGGGGCGAGGGGGGCGCCCCCGCCUUGACGUCAGGAGAAGGGUUUAUAAAGGCGGCGGGCGGCGAGGAGAUCCCCAACGCCGGAGCCGAGCCGCAGCGGAGCCGCCAGCGCCUCCCGCCGCCGCCUCCCGCGCCCGACCCGCCGGCGAGAUGCUGUCGUGCCGCCUCCAGUGCGCCCUGGCCCUGCUCUCCAUCGCCCUGGCCCUCGGCACCGUCUCGGCCGCCCCCUCGGACCCGCGGCUCCGGCAGUUCCUGCAGAAGUCGCUGGCCGCCGCCGCCGGGAAGCAGGAACUGGCCAAGUACUUUUUGGCAGAACUGCUUUCAGAGCCAAGUCAGACAGAAAAUGAAGCCCUGGAGUCUGAGGACUUGUCCCGAGGGGCUGAGCAGGAUGAAGUGAGACUGGAGCUGGAGCGCUCGGCUAACUCAAAUCCCGCUCUGGCACCCCGGGAACGCAAAGCAGGCUGCAAGAACUUCUUCUGGAAAACUUUCACAUCCUGUUAGCUUUUGAAACCCACCUCUCCUCCCUAUCCAUCCCUGCCCUGCCCUGAGCAGAACCUUCACCACAAGAGGCGAAGACUGUAAAUACACAAUCCACAGUUAUGGUGAAAUUAAACAAACAAGGAAAAUUUGAGUUUGAUUUCCACUUGUUUUAAUAAAACUUUCUGUUCCAAUUGUACAUGAUUUGCUUGAGUUGUGAUUUCUGACUAGUUCUUUGAUGACAUGCACUCUGCAACUCUUUCAAAUGUACUAUUUUUAAUUCUCUGUUGCAAUAAAAUUUAUGUUUCAAACGGUGA